AUAAUAUUUAUAUUCGAUUAAAUUUUUUAUGUUUAUUAAUGAAAUAACAAAAAUGAACGAGAAUGUGAUUGCUGCACCGUUAAGUAGGAUUCCAGGCACCAGCCAGCUAAGGGAACAGCACAGCAAGGACCUUAAGACCCUCACCUAUGUGCAGCUGUUGGAGAUCAGGGACAGACAGUCCCAUAUAUUAUCGUUUAAAAAGCGUCUUUUGCAGUUGCCGGACAAAGGAAAACGCCUCCAACAGUCCUACGACAAACUUCUAGACGAGAUUAGGAGACGUGAUGAAGUGGAGGAGGCAACUCGACUGCUGAGCGGUCUCAACAUUGCGGCAAAAGGAAAGAUUGCUUUAAAUAAUCUAGAGUGGAAUGGGAAGACGACAGACGAGGGUGCUCAUGUGGACGAUAUCCUGGACAGUGAUGAUGAGGUGGAGAUGGAUCCCUUGAAGAUUAUAGCCAAAGGAACAAUGCACGAGAAGAAGGUUAAGGUGAUUCCUCCGCCGGCUAGACUCAUUACCGCAGAGGAUUUGGCGGAUAUCGAGGAGUUUAAGAAACCCGCUUACUCUCCAGACUCCGCUUUGGCAGGACAGAGUAAUACCAGUUCCCUGCCUGCCGAGAUUAUAGAGAUAGACGCCAGUCAAGUGGCAGCCAAGCUAACCAAGGAGCAGCUGCCUGAUCAGCAUGCUCUCUACCUCAUCGAUAAGACGGAAACAAAUCUUAAUACCCCUUCUAGGGAGAAGUUUAUGCCAUUUCGCACCACAAAGUCUAAUGUCCACGAUCCCGACAAGGAGCGUGUUCGCAAAAAGGGGAAGCACUGGGAGAUAACGGCAGCCACUCCGCCACUCAUCCUGCACAAAGAGGUUCAGUUGGUGCCAUUGGCGGAAUCUGCCACUCUUCAAAUGGAUUACAUGCAACGUAUUAAGGAGGUUCGUAUCCGGCAGGCUGAACAGCGGCUGGCCAGGCAAAAGGAGUCCAGACUGGCAGCAGGAUUGAGCCUUCCCGAGGAAUCCAUCCUGAAAACUAAGGAAUCUUUCCAAAACUAUCGUGAUCCGCAAGCCAAUUUUCUCAUCGAGGGCAGACAAAAAGCCAGUGAAUCAAAUGAAGUUCAUGAUCCUACAAUUCAGGACAGAGGGGCAGCCACAAGUGGGAUUCACUACACAGUUUUUGAAUAAGAGAUGGCGAUAAAAUCCCAUUCCUCCUAUUCGUUUUCCAAGAAACAUUGUGAACUAUUUAUUUUCGUAGGCAACAAUUAAUAAUUAAGACUGCAUAUAUAUAA